CCGCCAUGCUUCAAUUGUAUGCUCCCUGCAUUUACCUGCGGACAAUAUGGGCACUGUGACGAGUUUGACGGGCAGUGCAAGUGUCCACCAGGUUGGGGAGGAAUCGACUGUUUGCAACCACAAUGCGACUCUCUGGCUGAUGGGGACCAACGCAGACUACGAGAACCUGAUGGAUCCUGUGACUGCAAGGACGGCUGGGGUGGAAUUAAUUGCAAUGUUUGUCAGAGGGACGACGCAUGUAUAGGUUUUCCUCUGGCAGGCACACCUCACGUCGGCAAUGAUGAAAUAUCUGGAGCAAACAUGACGUGUUACACGGGCGGAGAAACGGUCUUUAACAAUCACCAGAUGUGUGAUGUGACAAAUCGCAAGAUUCUCGACAUGCUCCCUGAUCGACCUCCGCAGGUAACAUUCAGCUGUGAUAACGCAACUUCAAGUUGCGCCUUCCAGUUCUGGACGGCCCAAGUCGAAUCUUUCUACUGUGGUCUAGAACAAUGCACAUCCGAGAACAUACCAGGAUAUGAUACUAACAGCACCGUCUACGCAUGCGAGAAGAUCAAGUGUAAAUGUAUCCCGGACAGGUUUAUUUGUGGUGAAGACGGUAGUGUCGACAUCAGCGACUUUUUGACAGAGGAGAUCAAAGGCCCUGCUACUUUCAGCUGCAAAACAGGCUCGGGAUGCAAGUUUGAGGAACCAGCCAUGAAUUCCCUCAUCAAUGAUAUCUUUGGUGAUGGGUUCAUAACGUUGCAAUGUAAAGGUGGUGAAUGCUUGCAUUACUCUCAAGUCCCUGGUUACGUGGUAAGACCUGCGAAACCAGACAAUACGAAAUGGGUCGCACUCAGCACUGCUGGUGCAGGUUUGAUCGUCAUCCUUACUGUAGCAGUGCUCUGGUAUGCCGGAAGGACUCGCAGUGGCGGUGACUUUGGCAAGAUUCGCCUUCCAGAAAACGAAGCAUCUAAAUUGAUGACAGAUCAUGUUCCUGCAUCUCUUCAUUUCUCUAAGCUUUCGUAUACGCUUGGGAAUCGUACUAUCCUUGAUUCAAUAUCUGGCUCUGUUAGGCCUGGCCAAGUGAUGGCAAUCAUGGGAGCAUCCGGUGCUGGAAAGUCAACUUUCCUCGAUAUCCUCGCUCGGAAGCGUAAACGUGGGGUCGUCAGUGGUACUACUCUCGUUAACGGCCGAGAAGUGUUGGAUGCACAGUUCAAGAAGGUCAUGGGUUUCGUUGACCAAGAAGAUACGCUCAUGAGCACAUUGACAGUAUACGAGACGGUGUUGUACUCUGCACUGUUGAGGUUACCUAGAGAGAUGAGCUUGGAGGCUAAGAAAUUCAGGACAUUGGAGACCAUGAACGAGUUGGGCAUUCUUGGAAUUAAGGAUUCCAGAAUAGGAGACUCAGGGCGCCGUUCCAUCUCUGGGGGUGAGAAAAGACGUGUUUCCAUAGCUUGUGAACUGGUUACCAGCCCUUCGAUUUUGUUCCUCGACGAACCCACCAGUGGUCUUGACGCGUACAACGCUUUCAAUGUUGUUGACAGUUUGGUUUCCCUUGCACGCGAUUACAACCGAACUGUCAUUUUUACAAUCCAUCAACCCCGCAGUAACAUUGUUGCAUUAUUUGACCAACUUAUCGUUCUUGCUCAGGGUAAAUUGGUGUACUCGGGCGAGUUUUCAAAGUGCCAAGAUUACUUUGCUGGAAUUGGACAGCCAUGUCCACCUGGUUUCAACAUCGCAGAUUAUCUGAUCGACCUUACUGUGAACGCAGCAAUUGAACCUCGAAGCCCAGCAAGUCCCUCUCCUAACGAGGCAUCACCCUCAGCAGACGAUACUCACCGAGACGAAGAACGGGGCUUGGGCACCUCUGUUCGCUCCAAUGAUCGCUCCUCGACUGCUGUCGAAGAGGAAACUGAAAUGCGCACACGCCGGGUAUCAAUCUCCUCGAGUAUUCGACGCAAAACGUCCCAGCUACUAGAAGCUGUCACUGGUUCUCAAUCAAGCGAUGGCCCUGUCUCUCCUCGGCUUGCGGCUCUAGUUGACGCAUAUCUUGCCAGUGAUGUAGCAGCAGAUAUUCGCAACGAGACUGAAGAGGUGGCCCGUGCGCAAACCGUUGGAGAAGCCGAUGGUGAAUUGAGAGACAUUGCGGUGGAGAGCACACUUUUGAGAGGACGAAAAAGAGCUAGCUGGGGUACCCAAUUCAGGAUCUUGAGUGGACGGGCUUUCAAGAAUUUGUAUCGAGACCCUGCACUGUUGACCGCGCAUUAUCUAUCAUCUAUCGCUCUAGCAUUAAUCUGUGGGCUCUUCUUCCACGACGUUACCAAUGAUAUUGCUGGUUUCCAGAACCGCCUCGGGAUCUUUUUCUUCACACUGGCCUUAUUUGGAUUCUCUUGUCUUUCCAGCCUGGGGCUGUUUGCCAACGAACGCAUUCUCUUUAUGCGCGAAAGAGCCAAUGGAUAUUAUUCGUCCUUCACCUACUUUUCAUCCAAGGUUCUAUUCGAUAUCCUGCCCUUGCGCCUAGUCCCGCCGUUAGUCUUUGGUGGCAUAGUGUAUGGACUUGUUGGACUUGUGCCCACGGUUCCCGCGUUCUGGAAGUUCCUACUCACACUUGUAUUGUUCAACUUGACUACAGCCAGCGUGGUUCUACUCCUGUCCAUCGCUUUCGCCAGUAUUAGUGUUGCCAGCUUGGUUGGAACACUAGUCAUGUUAUUCAAUCUGCUGUUCACUGGAUUGUUGAUCAAUCGUGAGACUGUGACCCCUGUUUUACAGUGGCUACACACAGUUUCGUUCUUCCAUGCUGCAUUCGAAGCAUUAGCAGUGAACGAGUUGAGGUACUUGCAAUUAAAGGAAAUAAAGUAUGGCGUCGAGCUUGAUGUCCCUGCUGCGACUAUCCUUUCGGUCUUUGGCCUCCGUGCUCAGUCAUUCUGGUGGCCGAACAUAGCGCUCCUGGGCAUCUUCUUCGUCGCAUUCACCUCCGCUUCCUUCGUCAUUCUCCACUUCUUCGUCAAAGAGAAGCGGUAGAGAGAAUGUAAAUAUAUAUACAGUAGAUGUCAGAAACCGAAACCGAACAGCUUUUGGGGUGAGAUAGGAAAAAACGGGGUGUGCUCCGAGAGGGGAGACGGAGAUCGAUUACCGCGUAUGUAGUAUAUACUCCCUUUUUACUGUAUAAUGAUAUUUCUUGAUCUGUUUCAUUGUUUCCUUGCAAUCUAUGUUUCAUCUCAUA